AGACAGAGAGAGUGUCUCUCUUUUGUGACAUACAGUCAGCGAAUGUUUGCAUGAAUUGAAUGAAUGACUGAUUCACUGAAUGUCUACUAAAUUGUUGGCAAUUAAUGAAAUGACACUCAAAUGCAACCAAAUAUUCACACAUUGAAUACAACUCGCGUUUUAACGGCUAUUCAAUGCACUGAUUGUGUGUCACUUUUACUCAUCACUCAUUAGCUAUCGAUUGCCUUUAAAUGCAUUGUUUUUCUCUCAUCUAAUCAACAGUGCAUUCGAUGAGUGAACUGACAAAUCAUUUACACGUUUAGCGAAUGAAUACAUAAAUCACUUGUUAUUUAAAAACACCGAUUGUUUUGUUUGCGGAGAAAAAGUGCGAAAAGUUUUUAUUGUUUUGUAUUUUGUUUUGUGCGAAAAGUGUUGUCGAAAAAGAUGUCACGAAAUCACGAAAACCAGAGCUUCAGUCAAACAUAUAAAUUAGUGGUUGUGGGCGGCGGUGGUGUCGGCAAGUCUGCGCUCACCAUUCAAUUCAUUCAAUCGUAUUUCGUCACUGAUUACGACCCGACUAUUGAGGACUCGUAUACCAAACAAUGUGUGAUCGACGACGUGGUCGCCCGACUCGACAUUUUGGAUACCGCCGGACAGGAAGAGUUCAGGUAUUUCUCAAGUUUUAAAUUACAAAAAUUUGUGUUCAAUUUGUGUUAUUUAACAAAAUAUUUGUCAUUGAAUCCCAAAAAAUACAGUGCAAUGAGAGAGCAAUACAUGCGUUCCGGAGAGGGAUUUCUGUUAGUGUUUUCGUUAACCGACAGAAACAGUUACGAAGAGAUCUAUAAGUUUCACAAACAGAUCCUUCGGGUGAAAGACAGGGACGAGUUUCCUAUGAUGUUAGUGGCGAACAAAUGUGAUCUCGAACACCAACGAGUGGUCCUUUUGGAUACCGCCGGACAGGAAGAGUUCAGUGCAAUGAGAGAGCAAUACAUGCGUUCCGGAGAGGGAUUUCUGUUAGUGUUUUCGUUAACCGACAGAAACAGUUACGAAGAGAUCUAUAAGUUUCACAAACAGAUCCUUCGGGUGAAAGACAGGGACGAGUUUCCUAUGAUGUUAGUGGCGAACAAAUGUGAUCUCGAACACCAACGAGUGAUAUCGCAGUCAGAAGUGCAACAAUUGGGCCAACAAUUAAAAAUUCCAUACCUGGAGGUGAGCGCAAAGCUCCGCAUGAAUGUGGACGUGGCCUUCCACGACACCGUCCGACUCGUCAGAAAAUUCCAACAACUGGAGAGACCGCCCAUCCGGCAAAUGAAGAAACAAAAAUCCAAGAAAAAGUGUCAAAUCCUUUGAUUACAUUUUUUCUAAACGAUCACAAUUAUUAUUAUUAUUACAAUAUAUUAGUUGAUUAGUAGAGAAUUCAACGAUUAUUUUUUUCUGGCGCUUUUAUAUAAAGACUCAUUCAUAUAAUUCUUGUAUUUCGUAAUUCAAUGAAUUUUUGUAAAUACAUUAUUCGCGUAUCAAAACUGAAAUAAUGCCAUAAAUUAGUUACCAUUUGAUUAAAUCGCAAAUGAAAUGCCAUAGAAAUCAUAUGAUGUGAGAUUCCAAUACAUUGUGUUUAUAUGAAAUUAAUUGAAUGAAUUUGUAUUUUUUGAGUGCCAUUCAGUGCCUUAUAUGUUAUUAUGAAAGCUGUGGCCC